GAGAGAGAGAGAGAGAGAGAGAGAGAGAGGAAGAGAGCAGACACGCGUGAGUGAGAGAGAGAGAGAGGGAGAGAGAGAAAGCGUGCUAACACAUUCCAGGGGGGGAAAGUGGCCCUUCAGUUCCAGUUGGUAGUUGGGGAGGGAAGAGAGAAGCGACUCACUGGAGCACAAUGGCUCUCCCCAGGUCCCCAGCCCUGCUGCUCCUGCUGCUCCUGCUGCUCCUUGCCGGUUCCUCUGCCGCUCCGACGGAGGAGUGCCCCCCAACGUCCGUUCUACUGCGGACGUUCAAACUGAUCACCAAAUGUAACCAGUCGGUCCUGGGGGACAAGCAGACGGAGGAGAUCCAAGCCCCCACCACGGUCCUCCUGGUGCCCUGUCUCUACCUGCUGGCCUUCCUCAUCGGCCUCCCCACUAACCUCAUCGCCCUCUGGGUCCUGCUCUUCCGCACCAAGAAGCUGCCCUCCACCACGCUCCUGAUCAACCUGACGGCCACCGACCUCAUGCUGCUGACCUUCCUGCCCUUCCGCAUCUUCUACCACUUCAACCACAACCACUGGGUGUUCGGCGAGGCCCUGUGCCGGCUGGUCACGGCCCUGUUCUACGGCAACAUGUACGGGUCCGUGCUGUGCCUGACGCUGGUUAGCGUGGACCGCUACGUGGCCCUGGUGCACCCGUUCGGGGCCCGGACCCUCCGCGGUCGGCGGGUGUCCCUGUGCAUGAGCGCGGCGGUGUGGCUGGUGGUCCUGGCGGCCAUGGCGCCCCUGCUGGCGUCACGCCAGUCCUACGCGCUCAGCGCGCCGCGCAUCACCACCUGCCACGACGCCCUUCCCGAGGAGGAGCAGGAGCACUUCUUCUACCCCUACUUCGCCACGCUCUUCGCCGUCUGCUUCCUGCUGCCCCUGCUGGUCGUCCUGUUCUGCUACGGCUCGGUGCUGCGCACCCUGCUGGCCGGGGGGCAGCGCUACGCCCACGCGGUGCGCGUCACCGCCCUGGUGAUGCUGAUCUUCGUCGUCUGUUUCCUGCCCAGCAACGUCAUCCUCCUCCUGCACUACUCCGACUCGUUCAUGACCGACGACGGGCAGGACCUCUACGUGCCCUACAUGGUCAGCCUGGCGCUCAGCUCCUUCAACAGCUGCUUCGACCCCUUCAUCUUCUACUUUGUGUCCGAGGACUUCAGGGCCAAGGUCAGGAAGGCCCUGUUCUGCUGUGGUGGGGGUGCGGACAAGGAGGCCUCCUCAACCAAUCAGAUAUCGUCGUCCGCGUCAGGGCCUUCUGGGAAGUCCCAAAGCACCCUGCUGUCCAAGUUCAAUGUUACUACAGAGCCGGACUCAAACGGAUAAAAACACGCCUUGAGAUCCCAGAAAAAUAUCCCCACAAAAAAAUAAAGUAUUUACAGAGGACUGUAUAUGUUUACUAUAUAAUGUUAUUGUGCCAUAUGUGAUCCCCGCACAGUAAUAUUCUUUGAUUCCUUUUUUUUUUUUUGCAUUUUGUUGAACCGAGAAAGACUUUCCAAGUGAUAACUGUCUUCACAAAAACAUUUUGACUCUUGGAUGUCCUGAGAUGUUUUGUUUUCAUUGGCAAAACUACUGGAGGGUCUCAACACUGACAUCCAUCAGACAUCUCGCCUUUAGAGGUAACUGCUACUCACAGACCAGUUUGAGCAAGGGUGCCCAGGCUUGGUCCUGACGUGUCUCUGUGUGCUUUUCUUUUCUAACCACAAUUUUCUUUUCACAAUUUUAACACAGUGCAGGUUUGGCUGAUUGCCAGUUGGUUUUGCUUCAAACUCUUAAUUUUUCACAGACAAUUUAGCUUGCUCUAAUUAGCAGCUGUCCGUUUAGGAGUUCACUGAUUGCAGCUGUAGGUCCACCAAUGAAGCAGUCCGAGUAGAACAUGGAAUAUGUGUCAAAGGGGACAUUUGCCACAGUACAUUACGGAAAUUACGCCGUUAUUUAUUAUUAGAAAUGAGAAGCUAAGGGAGAACGUAUCUGACUGUUUAAAAGCUCACAAGUUGAAAAAUUUAAUAUUCAUUUGGUCAUAUCGGUUUUGACUCAACGCAGUAUUAACUCUCCUAUUAUGUUUGGGGUCAAUUUGACCCCAUUCAGUGUUUGACAUCUCUUAAAAAGCAGUUAACCUUUUUUCAUCCUGAUACUGUAUGAUUUUUUUUUCAUUUUCAAUUUUGAUUAAAUAGUAAACAUGAUGCUUUGUUUUCAGAAGUCCUGUACCAUCUUUGCAUGUGUUGUAUGGGCUUAUUUUGACCCUCUGUAACUGUAUAACGUGUCAGAAAAUAUACAACCUUUUUUUAUUUUCAUCUCAGGUUUCUGGUGAGAUGUUUCUCACAGAUUUUUCAUAUUUAUUGAUAAAAUGGAUAAAAGGCUAGUCAUUUGAGAGACUGUCAAUUGUCGUUUAUUUAAACUGUCAAUUUGACCCCAAACAUAAAGCGGUAGUAAACCCUUAACAUAAGAGGUUGGUUAAGAGAGUAAACCAUCAUUUCACAUUAUUAUAUUCUUUAGGAAUGCCAUUUAAGGUCGGAAAGAGAAACAGAAUGCACACGGCUCCCCGGGGAGCCUGGUCGGCUUUAGAGGGACUGAGAAAACACAGAUCUAACAGUUUAUGCUGUAACAAAAACAAAAGAUGCAGUAUUUUAAAUAUAUCAUUGCUGUCUGCGUCUUGUGAAAAAUAUAUUCAGCUAUUAAAAAAGUGUGAAAAUUGUCUCUGGUCUCAUGUCUGUCAGUGGAUGGUCUCUAUGAGUUACUGCCGGUGAGUUAUUUCGGAACAAAAUAACGAUUCGGUCACAAAAUAACGAUAUUCACACGAUAACCAAGCAACAUUUUUGUCUUAAAGUCACGUUGACAAGUCAAAGGCUGCUCUCAUGCCGAACAUUUUAUUUAAUAAUAUAUUCCUUUUUCCAGCUGGGUUGCAGAUUAUGAAUAAUUAUCCUAUUCAUCUGAAUAGACACCCAACAUACGGCCCCGUUCUCAGAUAUGAGUUAAUCUACGUGCCAAACAUGUCCGUUUCUGUCCACUGGAGAUAGGCUAAUUGUAAUAACGGGAUGAUUAGUAAAUGUUUCCGCGAUGGCUGUCGAGCCAAAGCAAGCAGGAAGACAGAAAAAGUACUCGGAGUCUAGCAGAUGGUUUGUCUCACACCACGGAACAUGCCUACGGACGCGCCUUUUCAUUUUAACUCACGUGACAGGUUAAACGAGGGCAUUCCAAGAUCUAGAAAAAGCAAUAACGGUACACGCUGAAAAGCGAUGUCAUGAAACGCAAAGAGAUUUUUCAGUGUAAAUUUGUGGUUGUGGUUGAAACGGGUAAACGUCAGAAAGAAUGGAGCCCACCAGCGCCAGCUUUAGCCUACGCCUCGAAUGCAUAAUCAAGCUUAUGCCAGACUGCCAGUAGCUGCCCCAAGUAACGUCUUUUAAGCGCAGUUGUCUGAGGAGAUAAGGGCAAAAAUGACACAGCAGUCCCGGCCAGGGUGGAGGGGUGACAGAGCCCUGUUUCAGAUGGCUCACAUUUACAGGGCCUCUCAAACGGGAUCGCAAAAGACACCUUCAUUCAUUCAUUCAUUCAUUCAGCAGGUACUGGUGUGUCAUUCCAGAUUUGUUAUACACCUACUCUCCACCUGAUGGCCUCAUGGAUUCUGGUGAAGUAACCCAGAGUGAUGACAUGUCAGUGAUGGUGGGUGUGGUGGUCACAUCCCUGGCUAUCGUUGUGGCGUCCCUGUGGCUGUUCUACCGGCGAAGGGCUCGAAACGGACGCAAGGGCGCCCAGGAGGGCAAAGGACAAAAGGACAAACAAUUAGAGAAGUCACAUUACACGCCACUGAGAGAUGCAGGUGCAGGACAGGAAGAGGAACGGGAAGAGGAAGAGGAGGAGGAGGAUGACCAGAGUUUUAGUUAACAGGGGCAAGCUGUUCCAUCCAAGUUGUGUCAUAACUCAACUGCCUUUUCUGUUUUUUUACUUACUUUACUGAAGAUUAAAAUGUAUAAUGCAUGUUACAAAUGAACAGGCAAAAUCAUGAGCUUGUUGAAUUAACUUUUUUCAUUUCAGAGAUUCACAUAAAAUCUAUUAUUUGUAUACUACAUUUGACGCAUACACACACAUACACACACACACACACACACACACACACACACACACACACACACACAAAAUGUCAGUACAAGCUCUGUGAAUUACAGGUUUCUGUCCGUACUUAUGCACCUCUGAAAUAUUGAGCCUUUUACAUUAAACUUUUAAAACUUU